CCAAAGCGGCCGACUCACUUUGAUUUGUUAUGUCGUUUGGGUCAAACGUGUCCGUCGUUGCGUCGUCGCUGUCGUCGAGCCUCACCGUCAGAUAAAUUCGCUUCUUGUCUGGCUGCCCAGUGCCCUGCCUGUCGCCACCGUGCGAGCUGCGAGUCAUCAUCGAAGUAGUCAAAGCGCGUUCCUGCUGGAAACUGCUGCUGGGCUCCACCGGCCAGCCGCCGCCAGGCCUGCUUAGUGAUUUUUGUUUGUUUGUGCUGGAGGCUGAAAUUGGGUGUGAGGUGAGUGCCGAGGCGAGCCUUGUGAUAAAGAAGCAACAGUGCGACCUGUGCUAGUUAUUUGGAACGAGGAACAGUAAUAAAAAAUCAGCGGAAAAUUCGCUGUUGGAAGCACGAAAGGAUUUUGAUCAGUGCAAUAGACGCGCCAGUUGCCAGUGCGUUUGUGAUUCAGUGAGAAUUUAAUUUUUGCGGAGCAGGCGAGGAAAAAGUGAAUCGUCGUCAUCAUGGCUGAGGAGGAGAAUACCUUGGACGAGCUGCCAGAAAAUGAGAACAAGUUCGCGAUGCGGAAUCGCGGCCGGAAGGGUGCGCUGAAGAAGAAGAAUGUCUAUAAUGUCAAGGAUCAUCGCUUCAUCCCGCGCUUCUUCAAGCAGCCCACGUUCUGCUCGCACUGCAAGGAUUUUAUUUGGGGAUUCGGCAAGCAAGGCUUUCAAUGUCAAGUUUGUUCCUUCGUCGUCCACAAACGAUGCCACGAAUACGUGACCUUCAAGUGUCCGGGUGCGGAUAAAGGAGCAGACUCAGACGACACUCGUACCAAACAUGAGUUUAAAGAGUGGACCUAUUCGAGUCCCACGUUUUGCGAUCAUUGUGGUUCGUUACUGUACGGUUUAAUUCAUCAAGGGCUUAAGUGUACAGCAUGUGAUAUGAACGUACACAAGCGGUGCGAGGAGAGCGUGCCGAACUUGUGCGGCUGUGACCACACCGAGAGGCGAGGGCGCAUCCAGCUGGCCACCACAAACCAAGGCAACAAACUCAGCAUUCUAGUAAAACAGGGACGCAACUUGAUUCCAAUGGAUCCGAACGGUUCCAGCGAUCCGUACGUCAAGAUCAAGCUCAUUCCAGACGCGGACAAUGUGAAGAAGAAAACCAAAACCAUCCGAGCGUCACUGAAUCCGGUGUGGAAUGAAACCAUUUCAUUUGAUCUCAAGCCGGAGGAUAAGGACCGCAGGAUUCUGAUCGAGGUGUGGGAUUGGGAUCGCACCUCGAGAAACGACUUUAUGGGCUCACUGUCGUUUGGAAUCUCAGAAAUUCUGAAAAACCCCGUCGACGGUUGGUUCAAACUGUUGACCCAAGAGGAGGGCGAGUACUACAACGUUCCGGUACCGGAGGAAGGAACCGAUCUGGUGCAGCUGAAGAGCCAGAUGAGGAAAACAUCCAUUUCAAAGAAGGCACCUGUGCUUUGCGACAAGGACGUUCCUCACAACAUGGGCAAGAAGGAUGUGAUACGGGCUACGGAUUUCAAUUUCCUAAUGGUACUGGGCAAGGGCUCGUUCGGUAAGGUCAUGCUGGCUGAACGGAAGGGCUCAGACGAGCUGUACGCCAUCAAGAUCCUGAAGAAGGACAUUAUCAUUCAGGACGAUGACGUCGAGUGUACAAUGGUGGAGAAAAGAGUACUGGCAUUGUCCAGUAAGCCACCGUUCCUGGUGCAACUACAUUCCUGUUUCCAAACCAUGGACCGAUUGUACUUCGUCAUGGAGUAUGUCAAUGGUGGAGAUCUCAUGUUCCAGAUUCAACAGUGUGGCAAAUUCAAAGAGCCCGUGGCAGUAUUCUACGCAUCGGAAAUCGCCAUCGGGCUGUUCUAUCUUCACACACGGGGCAUCGUGUACCGCGAUUUGAAGCUGGAUAACGUCCUGCUGGACCAGGACGGACAUAUCAAGAUCGCCGAUUUUGGCAUGUGCAAGGAGGGUAUCGCCGGUGACAAAACGACCAAGACAUUCUGCGGCACACCCGACUACAUUGCCCCGGAGAUUAUUUUAUAUCAACCGUACGGAAAAUCUGUGGACUGGUGGGCCUACGGAGUGCUUCUGUAUGAAAUGCUGGUCGGCCAACCGCCAUUCGAUGGCGAAGAUGAGGAGGAACUGUUCGCAGCCAUUACCGAUCAUAACGUGUCAUAUCCGAAAAGUUUAAGCAAGGAAGCCAAAGAUGUCUGCAAAGGGCUGUUGACGAAGAAUCCACAGAAACGUUUGGGAUGUGGCGCCCGCGGUGAAGAGGACGUCCGAGCUCAUGCCUUCUUCCGUCGUAUCGAUUGGGAGAAGAUCGAGAAUCGUGAGGUGCAACCCCCGUUCAAGCCGAAAAUUAAACAUCGCAAAGAUGUGUCGAAUUUCGAUCGUCAGUUCACCUCGGAGAAGACGGAUCUGACACCGACAGAUAAGCUGUUCAUGAUGAAUCUGGACCAGACCGAGUUCAAUGGGUUCUCCUAUCUCAAUCCGGAAUUUGUGCAACACAUCUAAGGAAUUUAGCUUAUUUUUCGAAUGGCGUCAAUGCCUGUUCCACAAAUUCGGAAGGAAAGAUUCCCUGCUCAACAUCAACCACCAAAAGAAUGAUCGAUCGUUAGCUAGAAGCCAAGCAUGGCAGGUGCGAAUCCAAAGAUGUGCGAAAAACCCCAAUUAGAUGUCGUAAGAGAAUCGUAAUAGGAAUCUUCUACCUAGCGUGAUGUUAUCCUCCCCGAAAAAAAAACACACACACAAAAACACACUUUUGUAUGGCACUUCAGCCAGAUUUCCAGCGAGUGUGUUUCUAAAUAUGCUUACUUUCGGUCUUCCUUUUGCUGAAAACAGAAAACAAUGUUUAAAACCAUUCAAAACGAACAAAAAUCGACACCAAAAUGCUCAGCAUCGCACUGGAAGUAGCAUUGCUUGUGCAUAGGGGAAAGUUGUUCCCUCUGAUUUUCCACCUAUUUGAGAUAAAAGUAAGGGAAUGCUAGUUUAUUACGCUAGCAAUAUUGUUGUGAACAUUGAAACUGAAACUAACAUAAAAUCCAGGCCAAAUAAUCUUGUAGAACUGUUACUUCUUCUAUUUAGUGUGGCACCUUGUUAUUUACUAUACACCACCACCACCCGUUUUAUAUUUUAAGAAUGAAAACAAUGUGAAAACUUUUUGGACUAUUAUUCCAUAUACAAAACACAAGAAGAGCAAAA